AUUGGCUGAUCAUUUUGGUGGUAAACUUCAUAUGGGAUUUAUAAAAAUACGUGACAGAUUGAAAGAACUCGAAGUACGCAAUUAUUUCAUAGAAUAUUUUAUGAACUUAUUAAUUAAAGUCUUCCUUUAGAUAUGGAGAACAUCUCUGAUCUCUGGAUCAUGACUGGAUGACAUGGAGAACAGUAGGAUUUUCCAAACAAUGAAAAGAUAAUGGAACAUUCUGAUCACUGGAUCAUGACUGGAUGACAUGGAGAACAGUGGGAUUUUCCAAACAAUGAAAAGACAAUGGAACAGUCUGAUCACUGGAUCAUGACUGGAUGACAUGGAGAACAGUAGGAUUUUCCAAACAAUGAAAAGACAAUGGAACAUUCUGAUCACUGGAUCAUGACUGGAUGACAUGGAGAACAGUGAGAUUUUUAAAACAAUGAAAAGACAGUGGAACAUUCUGAUCACUGGAUCAUGACUGGAUGACAUGGAGAACAGUGGGAUUUUCCAAACAAUGAAAAGACAAUGGAACAGUCUGAUCACUGGAUCAUGACUGGAUGACAUGGAGAACAGUAGGAUUUUCCAAACAAUGAAAAGACAAUGGAACAUUCUGAUCACUGGAUCAUGACUGGAUGACAUGGAGAACAGUGAGAUUUUUAAAACAAUGAAAAGACAGUGGAACAUUCUGAUCGCUGGAUCAUGACUGGAUGACAUGGAGAACAGUGAGAUUUUUAAAACAAUGAAAAAACAACGGAACAUUCUGAUCACUGGAUCAUGACUGGAUGGCAUGGAGAACCGUGGGAUUUUCAAAAUAAUGAAAAGACAAUGGAACAUUCUGAUCACUGAAUCAUAAAAACUUUUUUGUCUUGUGUGUAGGACGAGGUGUCAAAGAAACGGGAGGAAAGAGAACAAGAGAGGGUGAGAAGACGAGAUGAAAGAGAGAAAGAACUGGAAGAGAGAAGAAAGAAAGAACGAAAUGGCGACAGGUAA